AUGACGUCCAAAGGACCUGCAGCUUCCAUUUACCGAAACCUCAAGGAACAGAUAGUCAUCAAGGGGACAGCGGCAAAUGAAGACGUAAUGUCGGAGCCUCAACACGACCAGUUCAUUGCUUUCCACUUUCGAAAUUGCCCAAUUCAGACCGUCUUCGUAUCUACUCGAAUAGACAAUGAUCAUCCAAACUUCCACAUCAAUUCGAGGUAUACGGAUUCAUGAAGUCAUGUGCGUCAUUUAUUCUCAAAUUACCACAUGCAGAGCGAACACCAAGCCGAGAAGACUUCAGAGAUUAUUGAGUAG